UCGUGCGGGACCGGAGGCCGCGUGACGUUUUUGCUGUGCGACGGCCUCGGAGAGGCGAUGACGAGAGCCGAGCUUGUCUAUUAGCUCCGGGAGGCAAGCGAGCCGUUUCCCACCCGCCCCCCUGAAUUCAACGUGCGCGUUAUGCGGAAAGUCAAGUCGUCUCCGUCGAGUGCUCGCAGCGUUUAAACCGUCGCCUUGAAGAUUUUGGGCCGAGGAAGCGCCAGCUGGCUUCUUCCCGUCAUCCCUCAUCGGACUUCAUUCAAUGAAGUGUUAGCAUCACAGUUAGCAUCCGGGCUUUUGGGGGAGGACACACAAAAAGACGAAGUUUGGACACAGUGCGGAAUCCUUGGGUCACACUUUUAUACCGCAUCGGUGACUAAACGGUGACGCGCUGGCGCAGGUCGCGGGGUGUCCGUGGAUAAUGCGAGACAGUGGGGGUAGCCUGACCCAGAACCGCUGGCAGGGAGAUCUGGGUCUGACUGCUGUGGGCCAGGAAGACACCGGAGGAGGUGGGAUUCCCGGAGACCACCUGAUUGUCCCAGUGUCCGACCACAGCAUCCCCAGCCCCGUGCACCUCCGCCUGGGCCAGAAAGAAAAGGUGUGGAGCGGCGAGGAUGAGGCGGAAGAGGACGGGAUGGGCCACGCCGACGACGAGUUCAAGGGCGGCUGCUGGGAGGAGAAUGAGGACGACGACGAAGAGGAGGGCGUCGGAGACGACGAGGAUGAGGAGCGAGCGGCCGUGGUGGAGUUGGACAUCGCAGACUUCCUCCCGCAGACCACCCAGCAUUACCAGCACGCAAACUUCGGCGCGCCGCUGAAGGACCAAGGCGUACUGAUGGAGGAGGAAGAGGAGGAGACGCCGCUCCCCCAGGCCGGAACGGGGCGCCUGGCCUCGGAGCCCCGCCUGCACAGAUUCUGGGCCCCUCACCGGCGCCGGCAGCGGUUCGGCGGUGCCCCGGGCUCCCGCCUCAGCCAGCACUGGAAGAGCUGGCGCCAGCGGGCGCAGCGGGUCUACUCCCUCGGGCUCCGUUGGAGCCUGCAAGGACAGAAGUACAACUGUUACAGCAAGAAUACCAGGACAAAACGGUCGCUGUACACAGAUGACGAUAACAGCGAGGAUGUGGGAUUCGCUGAUGCUGCCGGAGAUAAGCAGAGGAGCGGCUGCUCUCCCGACAGCCACCCAGAGCGAGGCAGACGGGAAGUGGAGGAAAAGCGAGCGGAACCGGCGCUUUCCGAGGAGCACGUGGGCUGCGUAACAGGCAUUCUGGAAGAAUCCCUGCAGAAAUACGGCAGUUUGAUCCCGAUCCACAUCGAAGACAUCGUGGAGAGACUUGAGGACAUCUUCAGAGAGAACUUCUCCCAGCCGCACAGGAAAGCCACGGUCCAACACCUGAUACAAUCCUUCCAGCGUUCGUCGGGAUCAGCUCUGGCCAAAUCCUUCCGGGUCAAUUACAAACGCCACGUUCUGACCAUGGAUGACCUCGGAACCCUGUACGGACAGAAUUGGCUCAAUGACCAGAUUAUGAACAUGUACGGCGACCUGGUGAUGGACUCGGUCCCGCAGAAGGUUCACUUUUUCAACAGCUUUUUCUACGACAAGCUAAGGACAAAAGGCUACGAAGGAGUCAAACGGUGGACGAAGAACGUGGAUAUCUUCCAGAAGGAGCUCUUGUUGAUCCCCAUCCACCUGGAGGUCCACUGGUCCCUGGUCAGCGUUGACAUUCCUCAGAAAUCCAUCACCUACUUUGACUCCCAGCGGACCCUCAAUCGACGUUGCCCCAAGCACAUUUAUAAGUAUCUGCAAGCAGAGGCCAUCAAAAAAGACCGGCAAGACUUUUUGACUGGCUGGAAAGGCUUCUUCAAAAUGAAGGUGGGCCGGCAGAACAAUGACAGCGACUGCGGCGCGUUCGUGUUACAGUACUGCAAGUGUCUGGCCCUGGGGCAGCCGUUCAGUUUCGGCCAGCAGGACAUGCCGCGUUUGCGCAGGCAAAUGUACAAAGAACUGUGUGACUGUAAGCUCACCCUGUGACACCCCCCCCCCUCCCCCCGACCCCCACCAAACCCACACCAGCCGCAGUGAGAUGGUCGGGGAGGGAGGGAGGAGGGGGGGCACGCUCCCCGCCAACACCUCGCUGCAGAUUGUCAGAACCAUCUUGUGGAUUCUUCAGUGUAGAUAACCCCCAAAACAAUCCGGUUCUCGGUAUCUCCGCUAAAUGAUGUUGGCCGAGGGUCCGUCCCCACAUCAGCCAAGUUGACGGAGAAAAAGGUAUGGAACAGACAUAAAAAAAUUAAAAUAAAAAAUGACCCGUAAAUAUGAGCUGUCUGACGAAACCUCCUCUUGCCCCCUGUUGAAGAAUCAGCAACCAUCUCUUCAACACAUUUUGUAUUUUUAUUUUUCAUUUUUUUUUGCCACGUGACGUGUCCUUUAUUAAGGUCAUUUAUUUUACAUUUAUGUUGUGUUAUUAUUAUUUUUUUUUUGUACGUGCCUGCGUGCGUUAAUGUCAUUCAAAUAUGUCGCUAUGUUUUGACAACUGUUAAUAACGGAGGAGUUCUCUACUUUUAUUUGGGGGCGGGGGCAGGAAUACAAAUUGGCCAGAUUUUCUUUCGUAAAGCAACUUGGGCCCCCCCCUUCCCCCCCGAAACUUUUAUAACAAAAAUAAUUUUACGUUACCUCCUAAAAGUUGUAAUGAAAUUCAGUUGACUGUUUUCUAUAUCUUCUACAGUUCAUACUGGUCACGAGAAAUAAAUUUCAAGAAAGUUGGCCAAA